AUGAAAACAACGGAAACGGUGCAUAUUGAUAAACUUCCUUUCCUGAAAAUGAUUUUGCAUGCUGCGAAACAUCCAGAAAGUCCUGUCAGCGGCCUUCUUUUAAGUGAUCGCAACCACGACUCUGAAAUAACAAUCACUGACUACAUCCCUCUGUUUCAUACCGUUCUAAAUCUGGCACCCAUGCUGGAAACAGCCUUGUAUCAUGUAGACUUAUAUUGUGCACUUAAAGGUCUUCAUAUAUGUGGCUAUUUUCAAGCGAAUGAACAUAUCAAUUGCAACACGUAAUUUGUUUCCGACUAUUUUAAAACUUAAUAACAGGCCGACAAGUACUGCGAUGAAAAUAGGCGAAAAAAUAGCAGAAAAAUGCGGCAAUAUAUGUUUACUAACUUUCAGGAACGAUGCAUUACAUCGACUGGAUGGCAACUAUUUUUCAUCGUACUGUAAGUCUGAUUGGAAGUGGACGGAAAUAAAUAUACAUUCAAUCCAACUGUCGACAGAAAGCUACAAGCAAUCCUCAGCUUCAUUGUUCAUCGAAAAUUUAAUAAUCUACCACCUGAAGGUGUCAUCAAAUGUGGUAAUUUCUAAGUGUACGUUACAAUUUGUUCGUCACAAUUUCCGAAAGACGCUUGACAUGAAAACAACGGAAACGGUGCAUAUUGAUAAACUUCCUUUCCUGAAAAUGAUUUUGCAUGCUGCGAAACAUCCAGAAAGUCCUGUCAGCGGCCUUCUUUUAAGUGAUCGCAACCACGACUCUGAAAUAACAAUCACUGACUACAUCCCUCUGUUUCAUACCGUUCUAAAUCUGGCACCCAUGCUGGAAACAGCCUUGUAUCAUGUAGACUUAUAUUGUGCACUUAAAGGUCUUCAUAUAUGUGGCUAUUUUCAAGCGAAUGAACAUAUCAAUUGCAACACGCCGACAAGUACUGCGAUGAAAAUAGGCGAAAAAAUAGCAGAAAAAUGCGGCAAUAUAUGUUUACUAACUUUCAGGAACGAUGCAUUACAUCGACUGGAUGGCAACUAUUUUUCAUCGUACUGUAAGUCUGAUUGGAAGUGGACGGAAAUAAAGUAUACAUUCAAUCCAACUGUCGACAGAAAGCUACAAGAAAUCCUCAACUUGAAAGUUCAUCGCAAAAUUGUCGAUUUCGACGAUCAUCUUAACGACGUCAACUGUGAUUUUCUUAAUUUAGAGUUGUCAAAUAUACUGUGAUCAUUAGUCAAUUGCAUAAUAUUUUUCAUGUAAAUCCGUAAAUUAUAUUCCGUCUCGUGUCAACACUACACAUCACAAUAGGUGAUGGAUCCUACUUAGUGACUUUUCAAGCUGGUGCUCCCGACGAAAAUUGUGAGCAUCUUUAGAGAUUGAUCGUAUCGUCUUGUAAAGCUAGUCAGCACCGCACUAUAAACCCAACCGUGUAAAAAACCAACAAAUAUAAUUUUAUGACACAUGGUAAGAUUGUCUUUUAAUUUCAGUAUCAGUGAUAGACAAGGGACGAAUUCGCAAAUUGAAAAACCUACGUAAGAGUUAUUAGUGAAGCAAGUA